AUGCAUAUACCUGAUGAACCAAGUAACAGUCUAUUGGUGAAUCCUCUCAUAUAUGAAGAACUCUCAUAUGAUCGGCAACUGUUAAAGGAAGAACAUGACCUAUUGGUGGGAAACUUAACUGAUGAGCAGUUACUGAUAUACAAUAAAGUCAUGUAUGAUGUGGAUACCAAUAAAGGUGGGCUCUUCUUUGUCUAUGGAUAUGGUGGCACGGGGAAAACAUUUUUAUGGAAGACACUAUCAGCUGCUUUACGGUCAAGGGGAGAGAUUGUACUGAAUGUUGCAUCCAGUGGUAUAGCUUCACUAUUGCUACCAGGUGGUAGGACUGCUCACUCAAGGUUUGCAAUACCUAUUUCUAUAAAUGAAGACUCGACAUGCAACAUCAAGCAAGGUAGUCCAUUAGCUGAACUCAUUAUCAAAGCAAAGCUAAUAAUUUGGGAUGAAGCUCCUAUGAUGCACAAACAUUGUUUUGAAGCAUUAGAUAAAACAAUGAGAGACAUCCUCAGGUUCUCUGAUUCUUUAAGCUGUAACAAGACCUUUGGUGGUAAAACAGUGGUUUUAGGUGGUGAUUUCAGGCAUAUUCUACCAGUUAUUCCAAAAGGGACAAGACAGGACAUUGUCCAAGCCAGUAUAAAUUCUUCAUAUCUGUGGACUAAUUGUCAAGUCCUGCGUCUUACAAAGAAUCUAAGACUGCGUAGUGUUACGGCUGAAGGAGAGAUAGAGAAAUUAGAUGCAUUUGCAAAAUGGAUUGCGGACUUAGGUGAUGGAAAGCUUGGUGGUAAUACCGAGGAUGAUUGCAAUAUCAAUAUUCCUUCACAGUUUCUAUUGCAAAACAGAGGAGAUCCUAUCAAACAAAUUGUUGACGAAACAUUUCCGACAUUUGGUACGGGUGUUAUAGAUCCUGAACAGUUGAAGAGUAGAGCUAUUUUGGCACCAACAUUAGAUGUUGUGGAUCAAUUUAAAGUGUUCUGGUGUACCAAACCAUUCCUUAGAAUUAAAGGUUGGAUCUCCAAUAAUGUUGUUGAGGAAUAUCGACCAUUCGAUUGGUCUUUGUAA